AUGGCUGACGAGUACGCAGACUUGAAGCAGAUGUUGCAUCAGCAGCUGAAGCUGAUGGAGGCGCUGACCGUCAAGCUAUCCAAUUCAUCUAUGGGCCAAUCAAGCGCGGCUGGUGGUUCACAAUCUGUUGAUCACAUUGCCGGCAGCAUCUCCGAAUUCUUGUAUGACCCGCAGGCCCAUAUCACCUUUGAUUCCUGGUACAAGCGAUACGAGGACUUGUUCUCUGUCGAUCUGGCUGCCCAGGACGAUGCAUGGAAGGUCCGACUUCUACUUCGCAAACUGGGUCCGGCUGAACACGAGCGUUAUGCAAACUUCAUCCUUCCCAAGAAUCCCCGGGAAGUCGCUUUCAAGGACACGGUUCAGACGUUGUCGCAGAUUUUUGGUGAGCAAUCAUCCCUCUUCAACACUCGAUUUCAGUGCUUGCAACUGUGCAAACGAGAUUCCGAUGAUUUCAUCACGUACGCGGGCAUUGUUAAUCGUGAGUGUGGGCGUUUCCAACUCGGUUCUCUCACUGAAGACCAGUUUAAAUGCCUUAUAUCUAUCUGCGGCCUCCAGUCCCCCAAGGAUGCUGAUAUCCGGACACGUCUCCUGUCCAAAGUGCAGCAGAACAACUCUACCACACUACAAGAGCUGGCAGCAGAGUGCCAAACGCUGAUCAAUCUCAAGCACGACUCUGCAAUGAUUCAGAACCCGGCCUCAUCUUUCUCAGUCCAUACGGUCACAUCGACCAAAUCGCAUCCUGUUACACGGCCCAAGCAAGUGUCCAAGUCGAGAUCUCCGCCAUCUCCUUGUCGGCACUGUGGCGCGUGGCAUUUCCACCGGGAUUGCACUUUCCGCCAGCAUCGCUGCCAAAGCUGUAAUCAGGUGGGACACCGUAAUGGGUUCUGCAAAUCAUUACCAGCUUCUGGAGGCAAGCCAGCCCCCGCCACUCCUAAUUCCAGGCACCGUUUCCGGUCAAAACGCAAGCCCAAACCCCAGUCCGUGAGUAAUUCUCUCAGUCUUUUGGCCGCUUUCCAGCUCAAUGCGUCUGGUCGUAGAAAAUUUGUUGAUGUCUUGCUCAAUGGCCAUGCAGUUCGUCUACAGCUGGACACUGCCUCAGAUAUCACCAUCAUUUCUGAGAGACUCUGGCAGUCCCUUGGCAGCCCAACGAUGCAGCAGACUUCUCAGUCCGCCACAAGCGCGUGCGGUGGUCUCGUACAGCUAAUUGGGCAGCUGCAAUGCUGUGUGUCGUUCCGCGGUACCAGCAUCACUGCGAUCUGCUACAUCACCAAGUCUGAUCUAAACCUACUUGGUCUCGACUGGAUUGAACAACUUGGGUUGGCCGAUAUGCCGCUCCGCAUUGUUUGCAGUCAGGUGCAGAUUCCCGCUGUGCUUGCAGACCAAGCCAAGGACAUUCUCCAACGGUUUGCUCCAGUGUUCCAAGACGGCCUGGGUCGUUGCACAUACACUCAAGCCGUGCUACAUCUGUCUCCUGGAAGUCAACCAGUCUUCCGUCCAAAGCGACCAGUCCCAUAUGCAGCCCUACCACUUGUCGAGGCUGAACUGACACGUCUAGAGGAACUGGGAGUUCUGGUUCCUGUAUCCUACUCCGCCUGGGCCGCUCCAAUCGUUGUGGUUAAGAAGCCCAAUGGCUCGGUCCGCAUUUGUGCUGACUUCUCCACCGGUCUCAAUGCCGCACUGACGCCGAACUGCUAUCCAUUACCGGUUCCGGCUGAUCUUUUCACCCUGCUAAAUGGUGGCACUUGCUUUGCCAACUUGGAUCUCGCUGAUGCGUAUCUGCAGAUCGAGGUCGCCCCAGAGUCGCGCGAAUUGUUGACCAUAAAUACCCACCGCGGUCUGUCCCAAUACACCAGGCUGCCCUUUGGUGUCAAGACCGCCCCGGCCCUAUUUCAACAAACGAUGAACGCAAUGCUCUCCGGCAUCCCUGGCACAGCUGGGUACCUGGACGACAUCAUCAUCGUGGGUCGCUCCCCUGCCGAGCUGCAAGACCGAGUGUGCGCAGUACUUGAACGCGUGCAGGAAUAUGGCUUUCGCCUACGUGCCGAUAAGUGCUAA